CCCUCUAUAGGGACGAUAUAUCGUCAGGGAAAAGUUAUUUCUCAAAAAAGGUUGAAUUGUAUGUGAAUUGAGCACAGUUAAAAAUCGUUAUGCUCACUUAUCGAUAGCCGUGAAUAUAUUUUGAUGACGCAUUAUGCAAACUACAUUAUUAUUAUAAUAAUUGAUGUACUCCCUCUUUUGAUACCAAGAAAGACAUGAUCAGUCGAGCGAUGACAACACGAUGCAACGUACCGACUGGCGUCGUGAACGAAAACAAAAUAUGUCUUCGUACUCGAGCGAGCUGUCACGCUCGCAGGAAUAUUUGAGUUUUCGCAGCUCCGUACCGCUCAGAAAAAUUGUUGUUGACGCCGACGGCACAAAGGGAUGGAAGGUAUACGAUUCUAAUCCAAAAACUAUCAAAUGUCCACUUAUAUGUCUUCCGCCUGUCUGUGGUACUGCUGAUAUUUUUUUUAGACAAAUAUUAGGUCUUGCUGCCAAAGGUUACAGAGUUAUCUCGGCUGAGGCACCAGUAUAUUGGAGUAUAAAGGAAUGGUGUGACGGAUUCAGAAAGCUGUUAGAUUAUCUAGAACUUGAUAAAGUCCAUCUUUUUGGCGCUUCCCUAGGUGGUUUUUUGGCACAAAAAUUUACAGAGAUAAAUGCACACUGUCCUCGAGUAGUAUCUCUGGUUUUGUGUAAUACCUUCACAGAUACAUCUGUAUUUAGUUAUAAUGAUUCCGCAGCAGUUUUUUGGAUUUUACCUUCAUUGGUAUUGAAGAAAAUGGUAAUGGGAAAUUUUGCAACGGAGAAAGUCGAUGGAGAGAUUGUAGAAGCAAUUGAUUUUAUGGUGGAACGGCUAGAGAGCUUAACGCAACCCGAAUUAGCGUCUCGUUUAACAAUGAAUUGCAUAAAUUGUUAUGUACAACCUCAAAAGUUAUGUCAAUUACCUGUAACAGUAAUAGACGUUUUUGACGAAUAUGCGUUAUCAAAUACAGUUAGAGAAGAAGUGUAUAAAUGCUAUCCAAAUGCAAAACUAGCACAUUUGAAAAGUGGUGGAAAUUUUCCAUAUCUAAGCCGAUCCGCUGAAGUUAAUUUACAUUUACAGAUUCACUUAAGACAAUUUGAAGGUACGGAAUAUACGGCUUUAGAAAAUGUUACGAUUUAGCGCGAUGCAUUUGCGUUAGGAAAAAUGUAAUAAAAUCUAAAAAUUGUAUAUAAAUAUUAAUUAAACAGAAAUUCUCCUUUGCUCAUAUGCGGAUAUUAAGACUGUAGAUAAUCUCUAUGCCUUUUGUAUCAAG